CUCAUCAAAUUAUUGGGUGAACAGCAGAGACAUGGAUGGACAAAUCUGAUCAUAAAAGCAAAACAAUUACUGCAAGCGGAAAUAAAAGGAGACAGAUCGUUCAAUCAGAAAGAGAAAGAAGAAAAAUUACUUGCUUUUGAUAUCAAACCCAAGAGCCAUGGCGAAGAAGGCUGUGCUGAUCGGGAUCAACUAUCCAGGAACCAAGGCGGAGCUCAGAGGUUGCAUCAACGAUGUAUGGAGGAUGCACAGAUGCCUGAUCCAGCGGUACGGCUUCUCCGAGGACGACAUCACCGUCUUGAUCGACACCGACGACUCCUACACCCAGCCCACCGGAAAGAACAUCCGAUCGGCUAUUACGAGCCUCGUGCGCUCCGCCGAACCUGGAGACGUCUUGUUCGUGCACUACAGCGGUCACGGUACGCGCCUCCCUGCCGAGACCGGCGAGGACGAUGACACUGGCUACGACGAGUGCAUUGUUCCUUGCGACAUGAAUCUCAUCACCGAUGAUGAUUUCAAGGAAUUUGUAGACGAGGUGCCUAGAGGCUGUAAGCUCACAAUUGUAUCAGAUUCUUGCCACAGUGGUGGCCUGAUUGAAGAAACCAAGGAACAGAUAGGAGAAAGCACAGCAGGGGGAGAACGUGGUGAACAUGAUUCAGGCUCUGGUUUUGGAUUCAGAAGCUUUGUGAAACAAACUGUUGAAGAUGCAAUUGAGUCUCGCGGCAUUCACAUCCCUUCAGCACUACGUCGCCACAGGCAUAGGGAAGAUGAUGAGGAAGAAAGAGAUUUUGUAGUUUCACGCGAGAGUGAUAAUGGCUACGUGAAGAGCAGGUCUCUGCCUCUAUCGACCCUCAUUGAUAUCCUGAAGCAGAAAACUGGGAAAGAAGAUAUAGAUGUGGGGAAGCUGAGACCUACUCUGUUUGAUGUGUUUGGGGAAGAUGCUAGCCCCAAAGUGAAGAAGUUCAUGAAAAUUGUGUUUACCAAGUUCCAACAAGGAAAUGCUGAAGGUGGAGAGGGUGGUGGGAUUUUGGGCAUGGUGGGUAGUCUUGCCCAAGACUUUCUCAAACAAAAGCUAAAUGAUGAGGAAUAUGCGAAACCUGCCUUGCAGACACAAGUGGAGAGCAAGCACGAGGUGUAUGCUGGAUCGACUAGUCGCCGUCUUCCAGCUGGUGGAAUUCUGAUGAGUGGUUGCCAGUCUGACCAAACUUCUGCAGAUGCAAGCCCUGCUGGAGAUUCUGAUAAUGCCUAUGGAGCCUUUAGUAACGCAAUUCAGGCUAUAAUAGAGGAAACUGAUGGUGCUGUUACAAACCAAGAGCUUGUGACGAAGGCUAGGGAGAAGCUAGGGGGGCAGGGCUUCACUCAGAAACCUGGACUCUAUUGCAAUGAUCACCAUGUUGAUGCUCCUUUUGUGUGCUGAUAUAAUUUUACAUUGCAGAGAAAUAGAGAAACAUAAUAAGAUAUGCUUGAGUGUUUUUGAGCGUGCUCAUGUAUUUGAGUUUGGGACAAUGAGUCAUGCACAAGGGAAUAUUUACUCCAUAUAUCAUUUCAAUGAUAAUGUAUUGUGAUUGAUACAAA